UCCCAUAAUUACACGCCGCUGAUAAUUUUUGGUAUAUUUAGAUAAUUUUCAUUCUAUUAGUUGUUUGCCGCCUGAAAAACAAAAUACACAAACUUUGGCGAUUUAAAUGGAUCUUUCACAGAUAGGAAAUAUAACCGAAUCCCCCUAUAAUAACUCUGGAACCAAUUAUAGUGUGGAAAACACAACCUUCUACAACGAUUAUGCCUAUUACAACUACGACUAUUUUGCAUACCCGGUGUUUCUUCGCGAGUCUCUAGCAGGGAUGUUCCGCAAGCGGAUGUAUCUCAAUCUUUCUAUGGUACUGCCUCAGCUUCUAACGGUGCUGAUAAAUGCCUAUGUGAUUGGAUGCUUCGCUGCACUUGAAGAACUGAGGCGAGGAGAGUACUUUCUGGUGUUCUACCAAUCCUUCUUUGACUUCCUCUGUAGCAUCAUUGGCCUCGCGUACAAUUCAAUUGUCCUCUUGUAUUUUCAAGACCAGUACUGUAUUCACAGGCGUUUUCUAUCUUGGAUGUAUGGCGUCGACUUUAAGGAUAUUUUCAUGAAAUGUGACAUGCUUUCGGAUUAUCAAUGGAUGAACUUCAGACGUGUUUAUUACGGAGACCUUCGCUGGCCCCUUGAGAUUCUGUCGGGCGUGAACUACUUCAGUAACUGUUACUGCCUGAUUGCACUGGCGUACGAGCGAUAUGUGUACACGGUCAAGUUUGCUGAUGCAAAAACAAUUCUGACAACCCGACGCAGAGUUGUGACCUACUCGGCAAUCGCUUUCUUGACAGUUUUGGUCCCUGCUCUGCUUUAUCUUGACGUUCGUUUGGCCGAAAAGAGAGAUGGGUUUUUCGGGAUCUGGGGAGACUGCGAUUCAUGUUUCCAUAGAGGUGGCAAUGAGAAUGGGACCAGGAUAGACUUCUUCAAAAUGUACGAGUUCACACUCAAACUUAUUACACCUAUUGUUUCUGGCAUUCUUUACUUUUUCGUGGUACGAGAGCUUCUGGCUGUAAAAAGAGUUGCCAACAAACGGCUAGAGGAGACAAAACGAAUGCUAGCUAAAGCUUUUGGUUUAAUGUCACUAGCAUUUGCUAUUUUUGUGUUUCCAACUUGUAUUGGUCAGCUUUUGCUAUUUCUCUUCGAGCUCAAAUAUCAAAUGUUGAGUAAUUCUAUUUUCAUGUCAUUAGAGGAAAUAAAGUUUGACAAAUACCGGAUGUCGAUUGAGGCUCUGAACUACUUUCAGAGCUUCUUCUUUUUCUUCAAUGCAGUUAUUCUGGUUUCAAUUGUCAAGCCUUUCAAAGCACCCCUGCAGAACAGGUGGAAAAAACUUCGCGAUUGGUUCCACAAAAAGUAUCCGAAGCAGAGCGAGGAGCCGAAUAACGCAUGUGGUCUCAAAUGAACAAGCUACAAUGUCAUUUCUUCUCCCGAAAGCAACUCUCCCGCAAAAAAAAACAAGCUUCACCCUUAAAUCGAACAAUUACAAGAAACUUUUCCGUUCAUAAAAACUUUUUGUGUGAGGGUCGUUGUUAAGAUCAUAACAAAAUAUUUAAAUUCCUUUCAUAUAAUAAGCGUCAACCUUCAUCUAGAACCAAUAUACUGUCUUUAAUCCGUUGUAAAUCUUGCAUGAA